GCGCACGCGCAGAUAUUUCCUCCUCUGAUCAGCUGACUGUGAGUGAGAUGCUAUGUUGAAGGACCUCUGAAUCGAAAACCUGCCAUUAUCCGCGCUAUGUAUGGGAAGCUGCUGCUGUUUAUCUGAAUUACACCGUGUGGAGCCAACGCCGACGCCGUUAAACACACCGUGAUUUCUUCACAUCACAGUCGACAAACCUCCUGCCAGCAGCCAUGACAGAAUUCUGGUUGAUCUCUGCUCCGGGGGAGAAGACUUGCCAGCAGACCUGGGACAAGCUGAUGGCGGCCACCUCACGCACCAACAACCUCUCCAAUAACAACAAGUUCAACAUCCCGGAUCUCAAGGUGGGGACGCUAGACGUCUUAGUGGGUCUGUCGGAUGAGCUGGCGAAACUGGACACUUUUGUGGAAAGCGUGGUGAAGAAGGUCGCUCAGUACAUGGCGGAUGUUCUUGAAGACAGCCGAGAUAAAGUCCAGGAGAACUUACUGGCCAAUGGAGUUGACCUGGUCACCUACAUCUCCAGAUUUCAGUGGGAUAUGGCUAAAUAUCCAAUCAAACAGUCACUGAAAAACAUCUCUGAGAUCGUCUCCAAGCAAGCGAGCCAGAUAGACAACGACCUGAAGGCCAGAGCUUCGGCCUACAACAACCUGAAGGGAAACCUGCAGAAUCUGGAGAGGAAGAACGCAGGGAGCUUGCUGACCAGAAGUCUGGCUGACAUAGUGAAGAAAGAGGACUUUGUACUGGACUCAGAGUACCUGAUUACCAUGCUGGUGGUUGUCCCAAAGACAAACUACGCUGACUGGCAGAAGACGUACGAAACGCUGUCAGAGAUGGUUGUGCCCCGCUCCACUAAGUUGCUGUUUGAAGACAACGACAGCGGUCUGUUCAGUGUCACCCUCUUCAGGAAGGCUGUAGAUGACUUCAAACACAAGGCCAGAGAAAACAAGUUUACGGUGCGUGAUUUCCAGUACAAUGAGGAGGAGAUGAAGGCCGACAAAGAAGAGAUGACACGCCUGUCCACCGACAAGAAGAAACAGUUUGGGCCUUUGGUGCGAUGGCUGAAGGUGAAUUUCAGUGAGGCCUUCAUCGCCUGGAUUCACAUAAAAGCUCUGCGCGUGUUUGUGGAGUCAGUAUUGAGAUACGGGCUGCCGGUCAACUUCCAGGCGAUGCUGCUUCAGCCCAACAAGAAGAACAUGAAGAAGCUGAGGGAGGUGUUGUAUGACUUGUACAAACACCUGGACAGCAGUGCUGCCAUCAUUGACGCCUCCAUGGACAUCCCAGGCCUGAACUUGAGUCAGCAGGAGUACUACCCCUACGUUUACUACAAGAUUGACUGCAACCUGUUGGAUUUCAAAGUCUAAAAACAUUGCCAUUAUCAUCGUGUGCGGAAGUGUUCUGAUGUGGCACGUUCACAUCCACCAGCUUUAAUUUAUUUCCUCCCCAACCUUCUGUUUCACCCCUUUUCUCCUUGUUCUCCUUGAUUCUCGUACAUUCCUUGGCCUGCACCUAAUAAGUUGUUGGGAGUGUAAGUGCUGAUUGGCCACCAUCAGUAGGAUAGAUUAUUUCAGGUCUCUAAUCAGAACUUGACUUCUAACACAUGUGAAUACGGGCUUUCUUAUUUCCUGUUUCCUGUUUUCCUGUCUGUACCACACUUCCCAGCUUCACCCAUCGGAACGGUGUUUUUAUUGUCUCUUUCCCCCCUCUACUUUAUUUAAAGUAACUCAAAAAGGUACACAUGUGGGGGAAGUCAGGAGAAAAAUAAAUGUAUGUUAAAUAUAGUAUUUAUUUUAAGGCUCUAGAAAUCAGUGAAUAACUUUUUGUUUGUUCAGUUUUUUGACGGUGACGUGUUUUUAGCUCCAUGUAAGGAAUGCCUGUUUACAAGUAGAUGUUGACCAUUGUUUCCCCUUCUCCAGCUAUGAGCCCGUGAAACACUGAAACUGGUCAUUUUACGGUUCAGAGAAGCAAUAUGUUUGCUGGCUGUGUGCUCCUGUGAUCUCUGUAUAUUAAGCAGUUUGAGAAAAACAAAUCAUAUGUAUAUGUGCAAUCACUGUAUUGUCAGUAUAACAGAAAAUUGAACCACAUAUUUAAAAGUAAAUGUGAAAAUAAACACUCUAUGUCCAAG